CAAACACGGCCCCGGCGCACGGCUCCGCGGGCGGUUGGAGAGAGCGGGAGCGGGCGAGGUAAAAAGCCGGCGCCAUGGUGGAGAAGGAGGAGGCUGGCGGCGGAGGCGGCGGCGGCAUCAGCGAGGAGGAGGCGGCGCAGUAUGACCGACAGAUCCGCCUGUGGGGACUGGAGGCCCAGAAGCGGCUUCGAGCUUCCCGGGUGCUGAUUGUUGGCAUGAAAGGACUUGGGGCUGAAAUUGCAAAGAAUCUUAUCCUGGCAGGAGUGAAAGGACUGACCAUGCUGGAUCACGAACAGGUAUCUCCAGAAGACUCUGGAGCUCAGUUCUUGAUUCGGACCGGGUCUGUGGGUCAAAAUAGAGCAGAGGCCUCUUUGGAACGAGCCCAGAAUCUCAACCCCAUGGUGGACGUAAAGGCGGACACUGAGGAUAUAGAGAAGAAGCCGGAGACGUUCUUCACUCAGUUUGAUGCGGUGUGCCUGACUUGCUGCUCCAGGGAUGUCAUUGUUAAAGUGGACCAGAUCUGUCACAGAAACAGCAUCAAGUUCUUCACAGGGGAUGUCUUUGGGUACCAUGGGUACACCUUUGCCAAUCUUGGAGAGCAUGAGUUUGUAGAAGAGAAAACCAAAGUUGCCAAAGUUGGCCGAGGAGUAGAAGAUGGACCUGAUACCAAGAGAGCAAAACUUGAUUCCUCUGAGACAACCAUGGUCAAAAAGAAAGUGCUUUUCUGCCCUGUAAAAGAGGCACUAGAAGUGGAUUGGGGUGAAGAGAAAGCCAAGGCUGCCUUGAAACGCACAGCCCCAGACUACUUUCUGCUGCAAGUGCUGCUGAAAUUCCGCACAGAUAAAGGGCGAGAUCCUAGUUGUGAUAGCUACAAUGAGGAUGCAGCGCUGCUAUCGCAGAUACGCAACGAUGUGCUUGACUCGCUGGGCGUCAGCCCCGACCUGCUCCCCGAUGACUUUGUCAGGUACUGCUUCUCUGAGAUGGCACCAGUAUGUGCUGUGGUCGGAGGGAUCUUGGCACAGGAAGUUGUAAAGGCCUUGUCUCAACGGGACCCUCCUCACAACAACUUCUUCUUCUUUGAUGGCAUGAAGGGAAGUGGAAUUGUGGAGUGCCUUGGUCCCAAGUGAGCCUUGAGGUGUGUGCAAGUCCACUGUGUCACCUGUCCUCUUCCCAAGAAGGCACGGCAAAUAUUUUCUUAGCAUCAGUCAGGGACCUGCUGGCUCCCUGAGCAUGAAAACCCACAUAAGACCCCUCUGGCGUUGCUCCCUUGUGCUGUCACUGGGAACUGGCAGUGCCUGGAAGAGCAUCCCUCUUCAUGACGUCAGAGCUUCUUGUCACCUUUUGGACUUACUCCUUCCCAAAGGUCCGCAAAGAGGAGCAGAGCCUGAGAAUCCAGUAGGCCUGUGCUUCUCCCUAGAGGCCUGAGACUGUUGUCCUGCAAAUUACACCUUAGUGGGAUUAGUCAGCUUUGGUCUUUUGUGAGCCUAUGAGUUUAACCUUGAAUUGCUGAGCCAUCUUUCAGCCCUAACAGUUUAUCUCUAAAAGGUAGAUUGAAUGCCAGGGGCAGGAGGAUUGCUAUAAAUUUUAAGGCCAAGCUGACCUACAAAAUAUACCAAGAACCUGUCUCAAAAUAUAAGAGGUAUAGUCCAGAGUUAGGGUGGGGCUACACUCUCCCUGUUCCUCAU